AAUUUUAUGGCAAGUAAAUAAUAUUUUGCUAACCAUAACCAAAUAGAAUUAUAAUAAAUCUAAAUUUUGUCCCAUUAAAUUAAACAUGGUUAUGCGUGUUAUGUGCAACAUAUGGGCCGCCUGGGUAUUUCCCACGAUUAAAAGGUCAUUGUCAAGGAUAAAAAGCUUCCUCAGAUUCCCUCUCCUUUAUACACAUGUGCUAAAGUUGUAACGUCUUACAAGGCUACAAGCGAAUAAAGCUUUAUCAAAACCCCCGCCUAAGCGAUCAGGGUUUUUCUCAUUUUACUCAUGCAAAAUGGACCGUUUCUGGCAAAGAUUUUGGGAGGCCUCAUGUGUCUUAUUCAAGCGUUCAAGUCUCCUUUUUCUGCACUACUACUGCCUGAAAAUGCUCUUUUGCCGAAUAUUUGCGUUUGCAACAGGAUCAAGUUUUGAGGAGAUGGCAUUGCAAUGGUGGAGAGAGAAGUGCGCCAAUCUUUAUAAUGACUGGCAACUGAAUUACACUGCAGGUACAUUCUUUGUGGUCACAGGCAGCUAUUGGGUGCUUGGAGGUUUUUUCAUGAUUCUGGACCAAACUGGCUGGCUUUCAAGAUACAAAAUUCGACCUGGCAUCAAUCAACCCCCUGACGCAAGAGAACUGGGCAAGGUGGUUUGCACGGUUCUUUUCAACCAAAUCAUCAUUGUUUUGCCUUAUACAACGAUGAGCUACUACGCCAUGCAAAUACGCGCAGGACCUAUGUCACAGGAACGACUUUGUGAGGUGCCCUCUUUUGAGAGGAUGGCGCUUGAACUGGUGUUCAAUGACAUUAUAUUUGACAUUACCUUGUACUCUUCUCACGUAUUGCUGCACACCAAGUGGCUUUACAUUACAGAUUCAUCCACAAGCAACAUCACGAAUGGAAAUCUCCAGUGGCCAUCACGGCGGGCUACGCUCAUCCCUUUGAAUUUCUCUUUCCGACGCUAUCCCUUUCAGCAUGGGUCCCUUCCUUGUGAGUGCUCAUCCCGUCUCACACUGGUUUUGGCUUUAUCACGUCACUUGGUAUGCUCUUUACGCACACUCAAACUAUCGUUUGCCUGGUUUUGACGAGUUUUCUGAUUUUCAUGAAUUUCACCAUAUCACAUUUAACCAAAAUUACGGAAACUUUGGUUUCAUGGACAGAUUUUUUGGCACGGACAGUCAAUAUAAUAAAUUGAAAAUAUUUAGAAAAUAAAAUAGAAACCUUUAUUUUUUCAAAA